UAAGCAUAUUUGCCAUUGCGAAUUCCGACUUCUAUGAUAUUUUUAGUUUCUCUUUUUUUGUAGUAUUUGUCUACCUAGCUCGGAAGCUGUUGAAGUUCUGACACUCAGAUUCAUCACGAAAGAAUUUUAAUUUUUCUAAAAAAUAAUUGUAAAGAAACCUCCAUUUUAUCUAGAACUCCAGACUUUGGAGAAUAAAAUUAAGAAACUGAAGCAUAUUAUGUAAAAUUCUGUUAUGAUCGAAUUUCACAAUAUAUACACAUAUAUACUCAUACAACGCCCAAAGGCGUUAGUUUGCCUACAGCGCGAAUAAACGAAUAUCACUUUAAUUAAUUUUAAUUUAACAGAGUCGGAGAGAAUGUUUAACCAGCCUGGAUUGCUAAUAUCAGAUAGAAGAACAGCUCUAAAGGCUAAAAACGUCAACAAAUUUGUAUUUUUAAACAAAAGCAAGUGGAUUAUUGAGGAAUAAAGUACUGUAUCGAAACGUUUUUUAACUACAUAUUUCUUGAUGAAAUUUCUUGGUCGGCAAAUGUCGUCUCGAAGCCAGCUUCUCGAACAUUUUUAAGACGGCAGUGACAUAUCAAACAGCUGAUGUACACAAUUUCGUUGUUGCCAUAUUAAAACAUUUAACUUCAAAAAACUUAGUAAAUAGGUCGAUUCAUUGUUUUAAACUAUCAACUGUUAUUAAAUAUAUCUCCUGCGAAUGGCAGGCACCUUGACGUGGUGCAGGGGCUUAGGUCGCAAGGCAUUCUCGGCAUCUCCCAACCAAUGUGAGAAGUGCUGCCUAGCACCUCUCACGCGGGUUGUCCGAAGCCGCAUGCGUGCGACAACCAAGAGCUGCCACCUCCUAAUCCAGGGUGUUAUGCGACUCCCGUGCCCAUUGGAUGAUUUGUAGCCAGGAGGUAAAUUCGGCUGUAUUCUAACGGAGCCUUCCCAACACCGGGCCGCAUUGGGAAGUAAUGGUGGCCUUACCGCGUCAUGGGGCUCUGGCGCGGUGGACUUUCGCGUUCCCCUCACAAAACGUUGACCGGACUACUUGCCAUGUCGAGCCUAAGGUCGUAAGGAAAAGAUGGGUAACAAAAAACAAAAAACAAACAACAACACAACAAUGGACACAAAAAGGCAACAACAUUAGCAAACGGACAAGGACAAGGCCAACAAAACCAGCGCCGGUGCAGGUAAGGGACUUUCAGGGGCUAAACAGAAGUUUAGCUUCCUGGACGCCCUUUCGCCAGAAGAGCGGGCGCUGUUCGAGGAGCAUGCAAGGGAUGACGACGACGACAUGCCCUCGUGCAGCGGCGCUCAGCAGGUGAAAUUGACUGCGGCUGGCGCUGAAAAAGCGAACCCCAAAGAGGCUCCCCCGUGCAGGACCACUUGCUCGGACUCGAGCGACUCGGAACGGGCAUCUACCGGGGGGGUUCGCAAACGGAAGCGGAAGAGGGGAGGCAGACUACCCCCUCUACUACCAAAUGGGAGUCCAGGCGGACAGGACGAUCCCAGGAGGAGAGGCAUGAGCGGGGCCAGCCUCAAAUGGUACCUCAGGCACCUCCAGGAGGGGAAGACUCCGGAGGAAGCCGAAAAGUUGGCGCGUAACAGGGUGAGAGGAGACAAUGCCUCCCCUGCCUCGGAGAAGCGGAAGGGUGGCAAUACCGCAGCUAGCAGCAAAAACAGCAGUGGAAAUCGAAGCCAACGCCCGGUUAAGGGCAGCGCCUUCGACCACCCAAGCCGCAAAACGCAAGAGUGGGCAGCUAACGCCACAGGAACCACCAAACACCAAGCGGCAGAAAAGCACACAGGGGACCGGAGGCAACCACUCCGCCCCAAAGAGGCGUCGGCCUCGGCCGUCAUCGCGAGCAGGUUCACAGCGGAUGGUCUGGGCAUUCCACUGAUCCAGGAGCCAUGGAUCUACAAAGGAGAGGUCAGAGGCCUCAAAAUGGUGAAUAGCAAGGUAAUCUGGGAUCUCUCAAGUGAGAGACCCAGAACCUGUAUAGUAAUUAGGAACGAUAUUGAUUACUUUUGUAUUUCAGAGUUCCUAACACAAGACCUGGUCGCUGUGCAGGCAAAAAGUAACGAAGGAGCGGACUUCGUGUUGGCAGCGGCCUACUUUCCUGGAGACACGCUGACAGCACCCCCAGAGGCCGUCGGGAACCUCGAGGAUUACUGCAGGAGGAACAACCUGCCCCUCGUCAUGGGAUGUGACGCCAACGCCCAUCAUACUGAAUGGGGCAGCACAGACUGCAGUACACGGGUUCUCUGAUACCCACAUGGCUGUAGCCCAGGUGAACUUGCAUAGAGCAAUGACACAUUCGGCAGUUAUCUCAAACAGGUUCAUUUUGGAUAACCUGAGAGCUCUCCUGAUUCAGGACCCAUUGGCGUUUAAAAGGGAAGUCAAAAGCCUCACAGAAAAACACGAAAAGUGGGAGGAGAUAUCGAGACUUGCCUCUCUAGACACAAUCCAUGAAAUACCGAUUGAGACAAGUACAGGGAAAUCCUCGCGUUAAAUAUUGUACAAUAAAGUUAACGCAGUACUGUUAUGAAAACAAUUGUACGGGGAUUGAAGGCAGAGCAGAGGUGAUAGAAGACAUCAUCCUGGAUGGCAUCCAUGGCUGUCUUUUGACUGCUCCCAAGCAAAAAAAACAGAAAUCUUUGGUGGUCGAACAAACUUUCGACACCAAGGAAAUCGGUACGCAGACUCCUUAACAGAGCUUAUCUUGACAUAGAACCUUUUGACUACACUUCCCACUGCAGUCUGACCUGAGUACUGGAAUGGAGGCAAGUUGAUCCACCCAUCGUAAGGUGGACCAAACUAUCAGUGCCCAUGAGAAGGAUUCCAAACAUUUUUCAAGCUGUUCAAGAAAUUUAUCAGUCUUCCCAGAAACAAAUUAAGGUAGCUUGUGGAAUUUUAUACAGGUCACUGCAGACUGCGGUAUCAUCUAUACAGAUAAGGGUACCUGUUCCACGCAUCCGUGUCUCUAGAUUACGACGCAAUCGCAAGAAGAAGGAGUCAGGCUAUCGGGCAAAUAAAUACGGUGAGAGAACACAUUACAACCAUUAACUCAGGAGCUUUACUAAGCCUUUUCGAAUUGACUGCGUUAAAUGAAGUAUUGUAAUAACAGGAGAGGACACAAUAUAUCGCAGUGCACUACUCAAAAUAAAUCUGUCUAUAGUCACACAGCCUCAUGUUUUUCAGACUUCCUUUUCACUUCACACUUUUUACAUUUUUAAUAAUAAACUCGGAAUACAGCUAUACGUGUAUAUACAUAUAUAACACGUUAUAAUUUUCCGUAUGCAUUGAACACGCUGCAUUAAUACUUCAGCAGAGAGCAUGGUUAAAAACAUCGAUUUCUCAUUCAUUGUUAAAAACACUGUAAUACAUUGUGAUUGGUACUGGUAUGGUGUCUGACCAAUGACAGCUGAUUGACCAUUAUGGAGUCAUAAAAGUACAGAAUUGUGUUUUGCCGUCGGCAUUUCAUAUCAUGUGUAAAAAUAUUUGUAAAUUUGUCUACAAACAACAUAUGUAUGUAGAAAUGAACAUUCAUUACUUCAUGUAAAACUCCGUUGCUUUUAUGUCAAAGAGUCAAUCUGUCGAAGGACUGACGCGACGACAAAGCGUCACAACAUU